ACACUCGGCGAGACAUAAAACAACAACUAGCAAAUCAUCUAGGCAGUUCAUCGCUUGUCGCAGCAUCUCCUUGCGUCCUUCGUGCACCUUCCGCGGCUGCCUAAUGGCGACUAUGAUGGCCAUGAACUCCUUCGUCGGUGUCGCCGUCCUGCCUCGGGGCUCAGCUGGCGGCUUCGGCGCCGAUUCUCUGCCGGCGCUGGGCCGACGCGGCCUUGUCGUAAGGGCACAAACCGAGGGCCCGAGUGCACCACCGCCAAACAAACCCAAGGCGAGCACCUCCAUCUGGGACGCGAUGGCGUUCAGCGGCCCUGCGCCAGAGCGCAUCAACGGGCGUCUGGCCAUGGUGGGUUUCGUGACUGCGCUCGCCGUGGAAGCAGGCCGUGGCGACGGGCUCCUCUUGCAGCUCGGCAGCGGCACCGGGCAGGCGUGGUUCGCCUACUCCGUGGCGGUGCUGUCCGUGGCGUCGCUGGUGCCGCUGCUCCAGGGCGAGAGCGCCGAGGGCAGAGCCGGCGCCAUCAUGAACGCCAACGCGGAGCUCUGGAAUGGUCGCUUCGCCAUGCUCGGCCUCGUCGCUCUGGCGGCCACAGAGAUCAUCACUGGCGCGCCCUUCAUCAACGUGUAGAAUAAGUUAGCUUUGUUGUCGACCGGAUAACACAACAUGUACUCCUCCGUUCCUAAAUAUUUGUCUUUCUAGACAUUUCAAAUGACUACCACAUAUGAAUGUAUGUAGACAUAUUUUAGAGUGUAGAUUCACUCAGUUUGCUUCUUAUGUAGUCAUUUGUUGAAAUGCCUAGAAAGACAAGUAUUUAGGAACGGAGGGAGUACUUAGCUAGUACUAGGACACAACCUGUACUUAGCUAGUAGGACAUGACGUGCAGCUUUGUUUUAGUGUGUGUUCUUCAUCCUCGUAUUCUUUGUAGUACUGCUAAUUAAAGACGGUUCAUCCUUCCUUUUU